AUGUAAUUGGAAGAAUUAUGGGCGAGUAGCUUAGUUAAAUUGGUUCGUCUAACAAAAAUUGGUCAACAGGGUGUAAUUUGCGCGGGUUCCUACGAAUUUAACCCAAAUUUAAGCUUUCCGAGAAAAUCAUAAGCUUGGCAAGAAAAAGGGGAUAAGCAAAACCAAAGAAACAGACACAUUCGUUGUACAAUUUUCUUCCCCAAUAUGAAACCAAGUCUUCUUACAACUCAAUCUUCUGUUCAAUCUUUUCUACCAAACCCAUAUCUCCAUAGCUCUCUUCACCUUCACAGACCCUCCUCCAAUUUCCUCAGAUUCAUCUCUUCCAAUCCCCAAAUUCUCCCUUCAAUUCGCUGCUUUUCCCACUCCUCCAAACCAUUCUCAAGUCUUCACCACCAAGAGCCUCUCAACCCAAAUUUUGUCCAUGAAGAACCGCCGCCUGAUCAGUGGAAAGUGGAGGUUCAGAGCCCUCUCGUUCCGGCUUCGGCAGUGCCGCCGGCGAAGCUGAGCUUGAAUGACCGAGCCUUCUUCCUCUUGGCCUUCAUUGCUUGCACGACUUCUGUGGCGUUUACCAGUCUUGUAAUUGCAGCUGUGCCAACGCUUUUUGCAAUGGGAAGAGCUGCAACAUCUCUUGCAAAGCUAGCGGACACAGCUCGUGAGGAACUCCCCAGUACAAUGGCUGCAAUCAGGCUUUCGGGGAUGGAAAUAAGUGAUCUUACUCUAGAAUUGAGUGAUUUAAGCCAGGAGAUAGCAGAUGGUGUCAGCAAAUCGACUCAAGCUGUGCAAGCGGCAGAAGCUGGAAUUCGACAGAUAGGUACUCUUGCUCGCCAACAGACUGCGUGUAUGUUCAAAGACCUUUCUCCUGGCUUUUCCACAGUAGUUCCCAUUUCUCAUUCCAUUCUGGGAACCAAUUUUUUGUCUCUGCUAUGUGUGAACAGCAAUGAUUCAGGAGCGGGCGAGCCUGCCAAUCAUCUCCCUGCAACCAGUUGUUACUGGGGCUGCAAAAAAGACUUCUCGUGCUGUUGGUCAAGCCACAAAGACCAUCAUCAAUAUGAUCUCUGGCAAAGACUUCAGCUCAGACGAUGAAGAUGAUGAUGAAGUCAAUAGACUGGAAAGUUGAUCAAGUUUGAAAUUCCUAUUUUCAACAUCUCCAUGUACAGAUCAUACAAAAAAGAGGCACCGACACAAAAGGGUUGUUGUAUUAGGGUGGUGUGUAAAUGCUGCGAGAACAUUUUCAGGUUAGAAAAGAUGUCCCCAAGGAUGCCCAGUUCCCAUUUUAGACAUGUUCUAUUUAUUUUCCCAGUUAAAAAUUUCAGGAGAUGAGCUCCUUUGAACAGGCAGAUUCCUAUUAGCAUUUUUGUGUAUGCAAUUUUACAUUAUUUUGCCUUCA